AUGCCUGGAUGGCCUCAAAGACCCACAGGAUUAGAGGAUUAUCGGAUUUUACUCCACAAUAAAAAAGAUUAUUGUGAGGAACCUUAUUUCUGCAUUUGUCAAAACGUUGUUGCACCGGUGACCAGAGUGCGUGUCCUCAUGUCAAUUCCCAGGCCAAAAUGUUCACCUGCUCGUCAGCUGCUUCACCUCGACAAUAUCUUGUCUCAUGGGAACGGAUUAAUCAAAUGUCAAGCUAAUUUGAGAUCACAAUAUGGAGGUGUGGGUACCAGCGCUAGAGCGUUAGAUGAAAAACAACAACAACGGUGA